AGGCUCGCCCACUCUCUCCCUCCCCCCUCCUCUUCCUCUCUCUCUCUAUCUCUCUCUCAGUCUCUCUCUUCCUCCUCAAAACUCUCUCUCCCAGCACUGAAAAUUCUCCACAUACUCUGCUGCUGCUAAGUGGUGGCAUCUCGUUUAGGCGAGAUCCCCCUCCUCCCCCGCUUUCCACUCCUCUCCUCCACCCUAGUCGACUCCUUCCCUGCAAUCCGCUGGCCGGCUCACAGUACCAGAGGAGUCCACCGGAGGAGCUCAGCUAGACUCCCACCCUGGUGGCUCGAUCGGCACCGGCCGCUGCCUGCGAGACUCCGCCAGGUAGAUCCUGCCCUCUCGCUGAAUUCCGAUUCCCUUUCGGCGUCCACGUGACGGUCUGAGGCGUGGGGGGAGUGCUGAAUUUUGGCCUCCUCGUCCUUCUACGUCCCAAUUCUGCCCGGACCCGCCGAGAAUUGCCCGUUCUCGGGACGCCGGGCGUGCUGUUCACGGCAUGCGGUGCUUUGAUCUGUGAAUUCUGGGAGACGGAACCACCUUUUCUCUCUCGCCUUUACCCGAAAUCUCCUGUAAACUGUGGGUGACAGUGAUACCACUCUCUGCCUGGGUGUUCCGUUCUUAAGAUCAAGUGCUGGACAGUCUAGUCUAGCCGUUAACUAAGUCCUUGCUUCCUUUUUUUUUCACUCUCUCUGCUGGAUUGGGGAAUUUGGUGGUUUCCAUCUACCAGUAAAUCACGCGCGAUGUACCGGGUGAAGAGCGAGGGGGAGGGCGAGGGCGAGGGCGACUGCGAAAUGAUGCUGCAGGAACAGAUGGACUCGCUGGUGGCCGACGACGUCAGCAGCGGAGGAGGGUCGCCUCACAGGGGCGUCGGCACGCCCCUGAAGAAGGGGCCAUGGACGUCCGCGGAGGACGCCAUCCUGGUGGACUACGUUAAGAAGAACGGCGAGGGCAACUGGAACGCGGUGCAGAAGAACACCGGGCUGUUCCGCUGCGGCAAGAGCUGCCGCCUCCGGUGGGCGAACCACCUCAGGCCCAACCUCAAGAAGGGGGCCUUCACCCCCGAGGAGGAGCGCCUCAUCAUCCAGCUCCACGCCAAGAUGGGGAACAAGUGGGCGAGGAUGGCUGGUCACUUGCCAGGGCGUACUGACAAUGAGAUCAAGAACUACUGGAACACUCGAAUAAAGAGAUGUCAACGAGCUAGCCUUCCUAUUUAUCCUGCUAGUGUAUGCAAUCAAUCUACAAAUGAAGAUCAGCAACUGUCUGGUAAUUUUAACGGUGGCGAGAAUAUAUCCAAUGAUCUUCUAUCUGGGAACAGCCUUUAUCUGCCAGAUUUUACCAGUGACAAUUUCAUUGCGAACCCAGAGGCUUUAUCCUAUGCACCACAGUUGUCAGCUGUUUCAAUAAGCAAUUUGCUCGGCCAAAGCUUUGCAUCAAAAAGUUGUAGCUUCAUGGAUCAGGUUGACCAAGCGGGGAUGCUGAAACAAUCUGGCUGUGUGCUUCCUGCAUUGAGCGAUGCCAUUGACAGUGUGCUUUCCUCAGCUGAUCAUUUUUCAAAUGACUCUGAGAAGCUCAGGCAGGCUUUAGGUUUUGAUUAUCUGAAUGAAGCCAAUGCUAGCAGCAAGAGUAUUGCACCUUUCGGGGUUGCACUUACUGGCAGCCAUGCCUUUUUAAAUGGCAAUUUCUCUGCUUCUAGGCCCACAAAUGGUCCUUUGAAGAUGGAGCUCCCUUCACUCCAAGAUACUGAAUCUGAUCCAAAUAGCUGGCUCAAGUAUACUGUGGCUCCUGCAAUGCAGCCUACUGAAUUAGUAGAUCCUUACCUGCAGUCUCCAUCAGCGACCCCUUCAGUGAAAUCUGAGUGUGCAUCGCCGAGGAACAGUGGUCUUUUGGAAGAGCUGCUUCAUGAAGCUCAGGCACUAAGAUCUGGGAAGAACCAACAAUCAUCGGUCCGAAGUUCAAGUUCUUCUGCUGGCACACCUUAUGAGACUACCACGGUGGUUAGCCCAGAGUUUGAUAUGGGUCAGGAAUAUUGGGAAGAACAGCCCAGUUCUUUCCUCAGUGAAUAUGCUCAUUUUAGUGGAAAUUCUUUCACUGAAUCCACUCCUCCUGUUAGUGCUGCGUCACCUGAUAUCUUCCAGCUCUCCAAGAUUUCUCCUGCACAAAGCCCUUCAAUGGGCUCUGGCGAGCAGGCGUUAGAGCCUAAACAUGAGUCGGCAGCUUCACCUCGUCCUGAAAACUUGAGGCCUGAUGCAUUAUUCUCUGGGAACACAGCCGAUCCAUCCAUUUUCAAUAAUGCCAUAGCCAUGCUCCUGGGCAAUGGCAUUGAUGCCGAGUACAAACCUGUUCUUGGUGAUGGAAUUGUGCUCGAUUCUUCGUCAUGGAACAACAUGCAACAUGCUUUUCAGAUGGCGGGAUUCAAAUGAGUUCCAUGCACUUGUUUGUGAUGCUGAAGGGCUUCUUGUUGCUUGUUUUGGGGUCAGUAUCAGCGAAGGCCGCAUUGAUUGUGACGCUGCAUUCCUGACAGAGGGCGUGCAGGUGCAGCAGCUACCAUAUGUGAUCUUCAUGCUAAUAGUCCUUUUGUCUAAUAAAGUGCAUGAAGAUAAACCGGAUAUUUUUUUUUUGCUUUGUAUUAGAGAACCGUUUUUGUCAACCCUGUCAGGAUUCUGUUGGAAAUGUGUCAUGAUUUUUGUUUGAACAAUUUAAUAUCUGUCAUUGAUACUGUGCUGUGUGCUACUCCUUGAUGCAUUUGCUUGUGGCAGCAAAUUGUUUAAGUAUACACUGUCAUUGCUGCUGGCA